AUGAUCACGGACACACGCGAUGUUUACCUUGUGCCACUUCCUGACGCGACAGAGUCCAAGCUGCCCCUUGCUGCGAAGGUAGUCGAUCAGGAAAAACAGCCGCGAGAUGCACGCUUCUGGCUUGUCUUCCUUGGUGUCGGCAUAGCCACAAUGAUUACUGCUCUUGAGCUGGCAGCGGUCUCUGUUGCACUUCCAACCAUCACCCAGGAUUUACAUGGCUCAUCGUUCAUAUGGGUCGGCUCGGCGUACACGCUAGCAGGGACGGCUUUCAUCCCCCUUAGCGGAGGUCUCUCCCAGAUAUUCGGGAGACGCAUCGUGAUCCUGUCAUCUCUGGCGAUCAUGGCUCUAGGCAGUGCUCUCUGUGGAUCUGCAAAGAGUAUGACCCAUCUGAUCGCAGGACGGACCGUCCAGGGGCUUGGUGGCGGAGGAAUCUCCGCUACGACUGCCAUUAUUAUUUCCGACCUUGUGCCCCUCAGCGAGCGUGGUAUUUAUAACGGUUUGAUUGGAAUUGCAUGGGCGAUGGCCAGCGGAAUCGGGCCAAUUGUUGGCGGCGCCCUUGCUCAGAAUGGCCAAUGGAGGUGGCUCUUCUAUCUCAAUAUCCCAAUAUGCGGAGUAGCUGGCGCCAUAAUGAUACUCUUCCUGCGUGUCCGGGCAACGCCAGGAACCCUGAAGGAGAAGAUUCGCAGAAUCGACUGGCUUGGCACGUUCCUUGUUAUCGCCGCGACGACUGCUUGCGUCAUCGGGCUCACCUGGAGCGGCGUCACGGUCCAGUACUCCUGGGGCUCGGCGCCAUCGCUAGCACCCCUCAUCAUCGGUCUCGUGGGAAUGGCAGCGUUCAUAACAUAUGAGUGCAUCUUCCCAGCAUAUCCACUGGUUCCUGCUACAUUACUCUCCACAAUCACGGGAGUCAGUGGCUACAUGCAGACGUUCGUCAUCAUGAUGCCAAUAGUAAUGAUCGCAACCGUCUACUACAUCCCAGUCUACCUACAAGCAUGCAAGGGGGCCUCUGCAAUCGGUUCCGGUGUAGAUGUGUUGUCUUUUUCGUUGGUCCUCGCGCCCGUCGGUAUUCUUGGAGGCGUGUUCGUCAAUCGCACAGGCGGCUACAGGCUACCACUGUGGACGGCUUGGAUAUCCAUGAUGAUCGGGACGGGACUACUCACGCUGGAUGCGGACACGCCUCUCGGACACACUAUCGGGUUUCUCGUACCGAGUGCGCUGGGCUGUGGACUCCUAGCAUUUUCGACGUACUUCCCCGUCCUCGCGCCGCGUGAAUGGCUAAAGGUCUGGGGAGUCACGAUCGGCGGAACUGUCCUUCAGAACGAGCUUCAAAAACACCUACCGCCCACCUUCACCGCCCACUUCCCGGAGGGGACAGUCGUUGCGUAUGCCACGAUCCCUGCCAUAGCAGAUCUCCCGGAACCACUACGUACAGAGGUCCGGGAAGCCUUCGCAGCCAGCCUCAAGGUCAUCUGGGAAGUCCUCCUCGCCAUCGCUGGUCUCGGGUUUGUCUCGAGCCUCAUCAUGAAAGCGCUCCCUUUGCAUGCCGCUGUGGAUGAGAGUUGGACCUUGCAGCAACACGAGGGCAAGGAGAGCAAUGCCAGCCUCAGCACUUUCGGUAUGGAAGCGUAG